GGUACUCAAUCGAUACAUGUCAACACCUCUUAUUCCCACUCUCCCAACUCCCAUCAUUCCUGUUAUACCCCCUCCAUAUACCAUUGCCACGGGUAGCAUACGUGACUGUGUCCGGCUGAGAGGCCUUCCUUACACUGCUGGCAUUGAUGACAUCCUGGAAUUUAUGGGAGAUGCCACAGCUGAUAUCAAGCCCCAUGGAGUUCACAUGGUCCUUAAUCAACAGGGACGACCAUCAGGUGAUGCUUUUAUCCAAAUGAAAUCUGCUGACAAAGCCUUUAUGGUGGCUCAAAAAUGUCACAAAAAAAUGAUGAAGGACCGUUAUGUGGAAGUAUUCCAGUGUUCAGGAGAGGAGAUGAACUUUGUUUUAAUGGGUGGCACUUUAAAUCGUAGUGGCUUAUCCCCACCGCCAUGUCUUUCUCCGCCAGCUUAUGCUGCUUUCCAGACAGCGGCUGUGAUCCCAGCAGAGGCAGCGCUUUACCAGCCCCAAGCCCUCUUGCCAACCACCAGGACACCCCAGGCCUCUGCGGCUGCCCCCCCAACUGUUACCUACUAUCCAGCUCAGGCUGCUCAGCUUUAUAUGAAUUACACAGCUUACUAUCCCAGUCCUCCAGUAUCCCCUACCACAGUGGGGUAUAUUGCAGCUCCUCCCCCUGCCACUGCCACCCACACUCCGAUUCUGCCCCAGCCUGGAGCAUUAGUCCGUAUGCAGGGCUUGCCAUAUAACACAGGAAUGAAGGAGAUACUCAGUUUCUUCCAGGGGUACCAGUAUGCACCUGAUGACUACAAUGGCCUUAUUCAGCUGAGCGAUCAAGCAAGGAGUGUGUUACAAGCACCGAAAGAGUGGGUCUGUUUGUAACUCUUUGUAACUUCUGAAGAAGCUCCAUGCAGACUCCAUCCUCGUGCUUUACAACUUUAGUGGCCAGCCCAGUGGAGAGGCAUUGGUGACUUUUCCGAGCCUGGAUCUAGCUAAGAAAGCAGUGGCUGAGAAAAACGGACAGCUCCUGGGAAGCCGCUAUGUAGAACUGCACCUGGUCUAACUGAACACUCUUUGGGGAUGGGGAAAGAAUGUCGCACUAAACACCGUGCCUUUUGCAAAAUAAGUCUUCCCUUGCCAUCCAGGCAGCAGCAAAUGUGCCUUUUCAGCAUAAUGUGUUGGAACGUAGAGUGGUACAUGUCCUGCAUUUAAUUUGAAAAAUGGCAUAGCCUAUGCCAAAGAUAAAGUGAAACCAAAAAUGAUGCAGUUAAUUUAGUUGCUUUCUAAUGUACGUGUUUAAAAAUAAGCAAACCCCCUCCUGGCAUCUAGUUAAUUCUGAAGACGAUCAAAUAGCACUUCAGCUGUCGCAGCCAUGAGAGAAACCUGUUCAGUAGCGUUUGAAGUGGAAAGCGAAGCUCAAGUCAUUCAGAUUCUUCUGUGUUUAGUUUUCGAGAGUUUACACUUGACAAAGUGUCUGUUUUUUUGUAGUGUUUAAAUGUCUUUAGAAAGGUCUUUUGGAAUGCAUAGCUUUCCCAGUUCAAAGCGUAGGUCGUAUUGAUUUUUUUGUUUUGUUUGUUCUUGACUGGAAAAUGCCAGGAUGCUGGAGCCCAGAUGCAAUCGUGCUUUCUCAUGUUUUUCAUUAUACAUCGUUUUGCAAAAGCCAUACUUUUCUUUCUUACCAAUGUACUGCUGCCAACGUGUAAAGCAAAAAACAAAAACAACAGCAAAACCAGGAAAAUCCUCCCAGCCCACCCAUAACUCCCUGCUCCCCACCCCAAACUUUUAAUCUUUACAGGACAAAAACGGCACAUAAACCUGAGUACUAAUAAGUUAUAUUUUUUUAUUUAAGCGUAAUAGCUUUCAGAUACUGUAUUAAAGAUUUUGCUCUAGUUUAUGUGCAUGCAAUUUGUUUACAUCUUUAAACUACUUUAUUUGUAUAUUAUGAAACAAGAUAUGUUGAAAUCUAAAUCCUCUAGUGCAUGCUUUUUUCUUUUUCCCUGUGUGUGUAUAUACAUAAGCUAGAAGUACUUUUACGUCAUGUAGCAUGUGUUUAAAAAAAGACAUCUGCUGUAGAAGCACUAAAUAACUUUGUUUUUACUGUGCCUUACUUCAAAACCAUUCCAAGUGCAAUACCAGCAGAGCAAAAUGUAAUGAAUCCUGUUGUGACAUGUUCAUGGAUGUCUGAAUUGAUCUUUUUUUGUUAGUGUACAAUUUGAGUUGUACUUAAAAGAACUGAAUGAUGUAUGCUUCUUGAUAUUACAACAAAUAAAAGAGAUGCUUACGA